AUGCUGGUGGCGUUGCACCCUGUCCCCGCCGUGGACGUUCGGCUGGAGCAGGCCUUUGCCACUGCCCAGGGCGGCAGUGUGUCGGUGGGGCGCGUGGAGGGCAACACGGUCUCUCCCAUGAGACUCAACAAUGCUGCCCCCGAGGACAGACGGCUGCAGGACAAGCUGGUCAACAUGGUGUCGCGAUGGCACGCGGAGCUCGAUGUGGUGGCGGGUCAGCUGCAGCUGGUGGAUCUGCGCGCCGUCAAUGGCACUUACGUCAACGACCAGCAAAUCGAGCCUGGCAGCAGGAGGGUGCUCCAAGAGAAUGACGUGGUGUCCUUUGGCGGGCCCAGCACAAUCAACAUCCGCGGCCAGCCGCUGCCCAACCCAUGGGUGUGGCGUGUUCGCAAGCUGCACGAGUUCCUGGCUGCUUAUGCGCCACCCAGCCAAGGGUGUCUGCCUGCGCCGCAGGCGGCAGCGCUGGCAGGAUUCGCAGCAGCCAACAGCGGUGCGGAGCGCGAGAUGUACAGGUUCAGCCCGGCAGCCCCUACUGCGCACCAGCAUUCUGCUGCAGAGGCAGCUGCUGGGCCAGCGCGAUUGGUGUCGCCGGGCGGUAGCGGUGGCAGUGGCAGUGGAGACAAUGGCAGCGGCCAGCGGCACGGAGAGGCGGUGCUGGCCGUCACCCUGGAAACCUUCUGA